AUGAAAACUGCUAUAGGACGUGUUUCCAUUGAGAUGAAACAUAGCCAAUCUGAAAGUUUAACUGUACCUGCAGAAAAUCAUCUAAUUCUUGCUGGAAUUUCCAGGACAGAUAAAGGACUUGCGUUUAGCUCUGAAAACCAUAAUCUUAAAAUUGAUUUACUAAAUAAACCAGUUGAAAAGGGAGCCCUUUGUAGUCAAGAUGCUUGUUUAAACUGCACAGGUGAAACUGCAGUUGAUCAUUUGAAACAUACACUUAACAGGGAAAAUGAAAAAGCAGUGCUAGAAGUAAAAAUGCAGCCGUCUACACAAGAUUAUUGUGAUGAAGACCUUGGAAAAUAUGAAAAAGUAUCUGAAGAGGCUCCUUCAGAAGCAGCAAGACGUGCAUAUUUACCAGAACUGCAACUACAUUCAUACAGUGUUCAAUUUUCUUCAUUAAUGACACAAGAUAGAAAUGCUGUACUAUCUCUUGGCACCAACAUUCCUGAUGGAACGAUCAGUACAAAUACAGAAAUUACACCAGUACUGAGGCCUUUAUUAACUCCUUCAAGUGCAAAUAGCAUUAUUUCUUGUGACCAAAUCAAAGGGAUUGUUAAUAAUUCUACAGUGUCACAAACCGUAUCAGGCUGCUCUAAUGAAUCUUGCAAUGGUAUAUGUAUUUCACCUCAAGAUGCAGAUCCUGUUUAUGAUACAUUUAAUGAGAUCAAAGAGACAGCUGUAAGCCUUGUAGUAAAUAAUACUGAAGAAGGUGUUUUUCACAGUUCAAAUGGUGCUGAGGCAGACCACAAUCUGGCAGCUGAACAAAAUGCUGUGGAGGAACCCUCUUAUUCGCAGAGAAAUUACUCCACUCCUCAAGUGAUAAUAUGUCAGUUGAAAAAUGGCACUCAUAUACUUUGUGUAAACAAUACUGAGACAAGAGAAUUGAAAGCUAUUCAUUUGGUUCCCCAGUAUCAAGAACAGCAUGCAAGCAACUCGGUAACAUCUGUACUUGGGCAGUUUUUGCCAGUUGCAGGUAAACUGAAUACCUGUACUCAAGAGCUUGAUAAUGGAUCCAUACAUACAAGCAGUUCAGAUCUGACUCUUCAGGAGCCAACAAAACUAACUUUAGUUGGAUUUCCUUGUGCUUCCUGGGACACAAAAUCAAAGAAGCCAUGCAACUGCACUAAAUCACAAUGCCUCAAACUAUACUGCGAUUGUUUUGCCAAUGGUGAUUUCUGUAGUAAUUGCAACUGUAAUAAUUGUUAUAACAAUCCAGAGCAUGAAAUAGAACGGUUUAAGGCUAUUAAGGCUUGUCUUGACAGAAAUCCAGAAGCUUUCCUGCCAAAGAUUGGAAAAGGAAAACUUGGCGAUAUUAAACCAAGGCAUAAUAAAGGUUGUAACUGUAAGCGUUCAGGGUGCCUAAAAAAUUACUGUGAAUGCUUUGAGGCUAAAAUUAUGUGCUCAUCUAUCUGCAAAUGUAUUGGAUGCAAAAAUUAUGAAGAAAGCCCUGAUCGAAAAACAUUAAUGAAUAUGCCACUUCAAAUGGAAUUUAAAACUAAUGAAGAAAAUGAUUCUGAAUCAUUUUCUAACUCUGAAAUAUUAUCAAAAACCAAGAAAGAAAGACAAUCUAGUACGUGUAUAUCUUGGGAGGUGGUUGAGGCAACAUGUGCCUGUCUUCUUGCUCAAGCUGAAGAGGCAGAAAAACAAGAUUACUCCAUUUGCUUAGCUGAACAAAUGAUCCUAGAAGAAUUUGGGAGAUGCUUAUCACAGAUUCUUCAUUCUGAAUUUAAAUCCAAAGGACUGAAAAUAGAAUAA